AUGGCUGCCUCCACCCUGUCCAUCUGCUCCAAUGACCUGAGCUACAGCAGCGGAGUCUGCCUGCCUGGUUCCAGUGACUCUUGCACCGACUCCUCCUGCCAGGUGGACGACUGUCCAGAGAGCUGCUGCCAGCCCUCCUGCUGUGUCCCCAGCUGCUGCCAGUCCACCUGCUGUGUCCCCAGCUGCUGUGCCCCAGCCCCCUGCCAGACACUCAUCUGUACCCCAGUGAGCUGUGUGUCCAGUCCCUGCUGCCAGGUGGCCUGUGGGCCCAGCCCCUGCCAAUCAGCCUGCACCAGCUCCUGCACACCCUUGUGCUGCCAGCAGUCUAGCUGCCAGCCCUCCUGCUGCACCUCCUCCCCCUGCCAGCAGGCCUGCUGCAUCCCUCUCUGUUGCAAACCCGUUUGUUGCACACCUGUCUGCUGCAAGCCUGUCUGCUGCACAUCUGUCUGCUGCAAGCCCGUCUGCUGCACCCCCUGCGCCUCGUCCUGCUGCAAACCCUCCUCCUCUGUGUCUGUCAUCUGCCGCCCUGUGUGCAGACCCUCCUGCUGCGUGCCUGUCUCCUCCUGCUGUGCCCCCUCCUCCUCCUGCUGCCAGCCCAGCUGCUGCCGCCCAGCCUCCUGCGUGUCCCUCAUCUGCCGCCCCGUGUGCAGACCUGCAUGCUGUGUCCCUGCCCCAGUGGCCCAGACAUCCUGUUGCUGA